CUUGCUCCGGUGUUUUUCGGCCAUCCUGUGGCUCGCUCCGUUAAGUGAUUAAUCAUGCUCGUAUAUUUUCCAAGUGAAAUUCAAUUUGGACCGCAACGUCAGUGCAAGGACCACAACAGCCAGAACGGCGACAGGACCGUAUAAAAAGCAGCAAAGGCAAAAAAUAGGAAAAAUACGAAAUAAAACCACACCGAGGACAUCAGCCAUCCUGACUGCAUCCAGCACGCCACAGCUUGGCAGCCCGGCGGCAAGUCCUGGCCCAGGACGUGAAAAUGCGCUUCAUUAAUUUGGCUGGCAGCCGCAGACUGUCUGAGGAGGCAAGAAAGAAGCACCAGCAACAGCAACAGCAACUGCAGCUGGAACACAAACAGGAACUGGGACAGGAAAAGGAUCUCCCACUCCGACUCGGCAUCGCGUCAGCUGCAGGAACACAGCACUGAGUUGGCCAUGGUCGAGGACAAUGGGUCGCCGGAAGCGGAUGGAGCCGCUCCCCUCCUGGCGCUGUUACGCGGCGAUGGCCUCAAUCAGACGCAGGCCCAGGUUCAGAUGCAGACUGCACCGCCAUCGUCGCCCCUUUUCGGCAGCUACAACAUUUCCGAGGACGUCUUCUUCUACUUUAAUGGGCUGCUGCCCACGAGCACGGAGCUGGUGCUGAAUGCCACCGUCGCAAGCACUACGACGACCAGUCAGAGUCUCACAACCACGCCGGAGCCCGAUCUUUCCGAGUUUCUGGAGGCGCUGCCCAACGACCGCGUUGGCCUGCUGGCCUUCCUCUUCCUUUUCUCCUUUGCCACAGUGUUUGGCAACUCCCUGGUCAUCCUGGCCGUCAUCCGGGAAAGGUAUCUGCACACGGCCACCAACUAUUUCAUAACCAGCCUGGCGGUGGCCGAUUGCCUUGUGGGUCUGGUGGUCAUGCCCUUCUCGGCGCUGUACGAGGUGCUGGAGAACACCUGGUUCUUUGGGACGGACUGGUGCGACAUCUGGCGCUCCCUGGACGUGCUCUUUAGCACCGCCUCGAUCCUGAAUCUGUGCGUGAUCUCCCUGGACCGAUACUGGGCCAUCACGGAUCCGUUCAGCUAUCCCAUGCGGAUGACCGUGAAGCGGGCAGCCGGCCUGAUAGCAGCCGUAUGGAUCUGCUCCAGCGCCAUCAGUUUCCCGGCAAUCGUUUGGUGGCGGGCGGCGCGGGAUGGCGAGAUGCCGGCCUACAAGUGCACAUUCACCGAGCACCUGGGCUACCUGGUCUUCUCCUCGACGAUCUCCUUCUACCUGCCGCUUCUGGUGAUGGUCUUCACCUACUGCAGGAUCUACAGGGCGGCUGUGAUCCAAACGAGAUCGCUGAAGAUCGGCACCAAGCAGGUGCUGAUGGCCUCCGGUGAACUGCAGCUUACUCUGCGUAUUCAUCGCGGUGGCACCACUCGGGAUCAGGCGAAUCAGGUUUCUGGUGGAGGAGGAGGUGGCGGAGGAGGCGGUGGCGGUGGAGGAGGAGGCUCCUUGAGCCACUCACACUCUCACUCGCAUCAUCACCAUCACAACCAUGGCGGUGGAACGACCACAUCAACGCCGGAGGAACCGGACGAUGAGCCUCUAUCCGCCCUGCACAACAAUGGCCUGGCCAGGCAUCGAGGGCACAUGGGCAAGAACUUCUCCCUAUCCCGGAAACUGGCCAAGUUCGCCAAGGAGAAGAAGGCCGCCAAGACGCUGGGCAUUGUGAUGGGCGUCUUCAUUGUGUGCUGGCUGCCCUUCUUUGUGGUCAACCUGCUGUCCGGUUUCUGCAUUGAGUGCAUCGAGCACGAGGAGAUUGUCUCUGCGAUUGUCACCUGGCUGGGCUGGAUUAACUCAUGCAUGAAUCCUGUGAUCUAUGCCUGCUGGAGCAGGGAUUUUCGCAGGGCCUUUGUGCGGCUGCUGUGCAUGUGCUGUCCUCGCAAGAUUCGCCGCAAGUACCAGCCCACGAUGCGGUCCAAGUCGCAGUGCCACGUGGCUGCUGCCAUGGUGGCGGCGUCCACGUCCUUUGGCUACCACUCGGUGAAUCAGCUGGACAGGACACUCAUGUGACGACAGCUGAGCAGUUGCAGCACCUGCAGCGGCGGCAGCAACUGCGGCGGAUCCCGGACCGCCCACCACCAGCACCACUCCUCGGGCACGGCCACGCCCUCGUCCUCGCAGCGAUCCUGCACGCGCUGCCAGAGCUUCCAUCGGCACCACCACCGCUCCCGGCGCCGCAGCUCCGGGAUGCAAUUGCGAGGUGACUUCAGCUCCACGUCGGCGGUAAAUAGUGCGGUGGCCAAGACGAUAGUCACCAUAACGGCGCCGCCUGUGGCCGCCGCCUCGGCCAGCUCCCUGCAUCUGGGCGCCGGUGGACGACCCUCAUCGGUGUCCACUCUGACCAUUGCCUCCGUGCCGCCGAAUAUAAGUGGAUCGGGCGGAUCGGUGAGCGGCGCCAAUACCCCUCUGGCACCAAGCUUAAAGGCCCUCACUCCGGGACCCACCUCCUCCGGCAACUCCUCGGGCCACCAUGUCUCCUUUAUGCCCAUGACGGGCAUGAAGCGUCUGCGCAGUUCCAACACCUCCCUCGUCUCGCCCACGGGAAAUGUGGCCGGAGCCGGAGCGGACACCACCUCGGCGCCUUCCCUCAUCGAUGCCGGGGAAGAGCCGCUGCAGCAUAGGAAUCACCACCACAGGAUCCUCGAGCAGUGCCAGAGUGUCCAGAGUCAGAUCACCACUCUGGGCGAUGUGGAGGACGAUGACGAGGCCACCGACAGCGAGAGCGAGAGCAUCGGACUGGCCUUGGUGGAGACCACGCCGCAGCUGGAGAGCCAGCCGGUGGAGGCCAGCAGCUCCUCCAGCUCCUCGGUUAAGUAAGCUCG